AUGCUGCGACGUCUUUUUGCGUCAAAGAUGACGUUGGUGCGUCAAACGAGGGUGAAUUAUACACCUGAUAAGGUUUCCCCACAACUUUCUGCCGUAAUCAGUGGCAUUAUUGCAAAAGACCGUGUUGUUGUAUUCCUUACUGGUACCCCAGAGGAACCACGGUGCCGCUUUACGAUGCAAAUGGUGGAUAUGAUGAACCAAAUUGGUAUUAAAUACAGUUUUUUCAACAUUCUUGAUGAUGAUGAUGUUUGCGAAGGACUCAAGACUUAUAGCGAUUGGCCUACGUAUCCACAACUCUACAUUGAUGGUGAACUUCUUGGAGGGUAUGAUGUAUGUAAGAAUAUGAUGUUAAAUGGUGAGUUAACUAAACUUCUUAAGGAGAAGGGACUUCUUUGA